CUGCCUGGUCGGAAUGAAGACGAAAAAUCAAAAGGCACAUUUCAAGAAGUCUUUAUAGAUGAAACUAUGAAAACAUUUCAAUCUGUUCUGCUAAAAUCUUCAAUUACAAAUUUGCCAGAAAAAAUGAAGGAUAAUCGACUGUUCAUUAUAUGCAGAUUAAUAGGAGAACUUUUCCUGCAGCACUAUUUUUCUUGUGAGGCAAUCCUAAACAUUAUAUCCCGCCUUCAAAGACAGCGCACUGAUGCCUCUGUCCAAGCCUUGUGUGUGCUGCUCACCAUUGUUGGAGGCUGCCUGGAUCGCUGCGGAAUUCACACUGAAGCCAUGAAUAACAUUUUCAACUCCAUGAAAAGUUUUCGUCAGAGAAUGAAACCAACUGAAAGUACUCUAAAAAUGAUCAGAACCCUCUGUAAAUUUAGAAAGAAUAACUGGACACUUCUUCAGUUGCCACCAGCGCCAUCUCCAGGGUAUCUGGAGGCAGCAGGAGAACAGAUGCUGCCCAGUGUGCAGUUCAUUACCCCAGGUAGCCUGGACUGGAACACUGUUGGACAAGACAACGAGGAAGAGGUCCCAAGAGUGCCACACGAUUUCUCUCCUGAAGACCAGGACUGCACGUGGGGGGAUCCAAACUUUGACAUGUAUGGUUUCUUUAUCGAGCAUCAGCAUGCGUGGGAUGCAUGGCGCGGGUGUACCUGGGUGCCAGUGGGACCUCAGCUCGGCCCCCCUCAUUCUCCGCAUGCUCUCAGCGCAGCAGCCAGCAAUGCUUCGGACGAGCCGGAUAUCAUAGAGUAUCACCCCAGUGGUGAGGAAUAUGGGGCUGAUCAGGUGGCCGAUAGAUUAGAAAGCCAGCUGCAGGAGCUGCUAUCAGAGGCACAGCAGGUGGAAGAGAGGACAAGCAGAGAGGAGGCAGAGGAAGCACAGGCAGUUGAGGAAGAGGAGGAGGAGGAAGAAUCGGAGCCAGAGUCGGAUUAUGAAGAUGCCAGAGCAUACCAAAGUUACAGUCCCAACAGUUCUGCAGAAAAUAUCACCAAAAGCUUGGUAGCUAACUGUAGUGAAUCAGGUAAAGCACCUGAAACAUCAGCGGGUAUGGAAGCAGCUAGAGCAGCCCAUUCCACAGAUAUUGUCAAGGAAGCCGUGGCAUCAGAAGAAGAAGACACAGACACUGAAGAAAUGGAGGCUUCCGCAGUAAGGACACCAGAGGUUGGAGAAAAAACAUUGACAUUUGAAUCUAAGGGACCAGAACUAAAUCCAGUGGACACUGCAGUUGAGUAUGUGGAAUUUGUAGUUCCAGUGGACGUUGCAAUGGAACCAGUGGCAGAAGCAGUGGAAGCAGUUCUACAUCCAGAAAUUAGUGAAUGUUUGGAAGCUUGGUCAGAUUGUCCAGGAGCUAUAGGUCCAUUGGUGAUUAAAACUCCAUGUAAAACAAGCACAGCACCUGCAGAAGCCUCUGCAGGAACCAUAAUAUCAGCAUUGGUCGAACCAGCUUCGACAGAUUUUUCAUCGAGAAAUGAAGGAGGAGUAGAGUUUACAACACCUGUAAAGCAAAUGACUGCAGAUGACGCUGUAGAAGACACAAAAAUGACAAAAGCAAAUGAAAUGGUAAACAAUACAAUGCUUAACGAAAAGCCAGCAACACAAGUUAUGACAGCAGUUGAAGAAACAUCAACAAAAAGGAUGACAACUACAACGAAAAUAACAGGGACAAACGAGACAGUAACAAGGGAGAAACUAACAAAAAAGAAAAAGUCAUCGUCAGCAUUGAAUUUGGCAGCAAAAAUAGCAGCAUUGGAAUUGACUGCCACCGCACCAGUGCGAGAAUUUCCCACAGCAGGUCUGUUGACACAAAGCACGCCCACACCAACAACCGUGGCAUCACCAGAACCCGCGAAUGUAAGAGAAGAAAAAGAGGAAAAGAAAACUUGGUGGGUACAGGCAGCAUGCAGCAGACUGAUACUCAACAGUAUCAAUACAUGGCAGUCCAUGUCGAGAAGAGAACGAAUGAUUUCAGUUUUAACUUGUCUAACUUUUGUCAGUGACAUUUAUUUGUCCACUAUUAACGCCACACACACGAGUUCAAUAAACAUUCUUCCUGUUAUCAAGUGGAUGAAAAGUCAGUAUGUCAUCUUAAAAAACAACGGUUCAGAAUGCUGAAACUUACCGCACUGCUGAGAUGAGGGAGGAGUUCCUCGGCUGGCAGACGACAGCGAUAAAGACAAAGUAACAAUAUGUUUGUGGCAAUAACGUGUGUCAUUACAAUGCGCUUCCGUGAAAGAAAAACGUAUAAUUUUUAAUUCCUCAAUGCUUUUUUUUUUUGGUAACCCGAGGAGAAAAUAAAGAAAUUAAACUGAUAUUUAUGAACCUUAUGGCAAUUAUAAGACCAUCGAAAUGACAAUUAACGUGUCGAUGUGUUUUCAAUCCCAAUUUGUUGUCAAAAUGGCAUUACAUUUAUGUCCUGUUCUUUCAAGCGGUCUUACGUUAACUCCCAAUUGUUUUUUUAAUGGCAAAAGAAAAAAAAACAAAAACUCGAUUCUCAGUACAAGUCAAAUUUGAAACAAUGUACAAUAAAAUGCGUUUUAUUAGAUACGAUUAAUGAAAAAGAAUAAUAGAAACUCGUGAAAAAUCGAUUGCGUUUUUUUAUUCUAUGACGGCAACUUUGGUUGACCUGGCGGUAGGUUCGUUUGCAAAGUUUCAGUGAUUUUCUUUGUGCUUGGAUAACGCAGUUAAAAAUCAUAUUUUAGAUUUUCCUUUCGCCAGGUUCAGCGGGUUGGAGAACUACACCGUUCCCAUGCGUCUUCACAUGUUAUUUUCCGCUUUACCUUGUGACUGCAAUCGUAACAGGAACGUUGUUCCAUGCUCUACGCCCGUAAAGCCGACGUUCUCUUUUUCGUUUUACAUUACGUCUAAAAGCGCUAGCAGGAUUCAUAUGAUGCUAUUCCGUGUAAUCAGCCAAUAGCAAACCUAAGAUACAGCCGACGAUGGUGGUAUUGCUAUUUUCACAAUAUUUGAAAGUACCGUACCCUCAGAACAUGAAGGCUGGCCACAAUUUCACGGCAGAAAUUUUUUGGGGUGCAUGCAUUUAGAGCUUGGUCUUGAGAUCGGAGAUGGCGACAAGAGACGCAAUUCUGCGGUAGUCUGUGUGGAGAGAGACGUCAUCUUGACUUCAGUUUGCGUAGAUUCGGUGCUACAUUCGCUGCAUUUUUGAUGACUCUGCAAAUGCCUCACAGUGCCUUUCAGUUCAUUUAGCUGCCUUUGAUGUACUGAGCUUAAUUUUUCUAAUUUCUGGGCCGCGUUUUUGCGUCGUUUCUCCAUGUUUGUUUUCCACUGAUUAAAAUUAUGCUGUCUUUGUUUCAAGUCGUGAAGAGCCGGUGCACCCAUAUCUUUACACGGUGUGCCGUUUGUCCAAGAGGACGACACCCCUAGCGAAACAUGUUGCUCUUUCUCAUCCAAGGCGGCGUUCUGGUCGGCUAGAAACUCUCCACUUUUAGCUUUAUCCAUAAGUUUCAGCUUUUAUCCGAUUACGUUGUCUCCGACCCUAAAUCAAUUUUUGUGAUUUCUUGAAAUUUGAAUAUGAAACGACAUCAACGUAUUAAUAGUUUACAGAUGUAUAGUUCCUCACAUACUGUCGCUGAACUAUUGGUGUUACGGAGUUAUCUGUGGUACUCAGGUGCCCUGUUACGAAAACUAUAAUGAUAUUCAUGGCUACUUCACGGAGGUUCCUGUGAACAAUUUGCGUGCUCUCGAUAAACUAUCUUGAUCCAAUUAGUGGCUGAAAUGAGCAAAAUUGGAAGCAGCGGGCAUGACUUAAUUCUAUAGCAUGUUCAUCAUAUUAAUCCACGCUGUAAAAGGUAGGCGUAUUGCCCUCACUGUUUGUUGAG